AUGUUUUUAAGAGAAAGACACACGAUAGUGCAAGAAUCAGUUUCUGAAGGCAUUCAGUGGCACUUCAUACCACCUAGAGCUCCCAAUUUUGGAGGAAUUUGGGAAGCAUCCGUAAGGUCAUUCAAGACGCAUUUCAAAAGGGUAGUUGGCACUGCCAUAUUAACAAUAGACGAGAUACACACCGGUAUACCAGAACCGACUUUAACUGAGAUCCAGGAAUGUAGGCUGACCAAAUUGCAACGAACGGAACAGAUGCGGCAGUAUCUUUGGAAUCGAUGGUCCAAAGAUUACCUCAACCAAUUGCAACAGCGCACCAAGUGGAAAACUAAGGGAAUUGAUCUCAAACCUGGAGACAUGGUUCUCAUCCGAGAGGACAAUAUUCCACCAUUGUGCUGGCCCAUGGGCAGAGUAAUGGAGACUCACCCUGGUGACGACGGUGCGGUCAGGGUGGUGACUCUCAAAACCAUGAGAGGGCUUUUCAAGAGGCCUGUCAAUCGGCUAAGUUUGCUCCCUAUGGAGCCUUGA